AUGGCUGGCGACAAAAUGAAGGCAGUACAUUACGAGGGGCCAUUCAAGGUCUCUGUUAAGGAAGUUGGAAUACCAAAGAUCGAGCAUCCGGAUGACGUGAUUGUUAAGGUGACAACUGCGGCUAUCUGCGGAUCAGACUUGCACAUGUACCAAGGUCGGACUGCGGCGGAGUCUGGGCUAGUUUUCGGCCACGAGAACAUGGGAGUCGUAGUCGAAGCUGGAGCAGGCGUGACUCUACUAGAGAAAGGCGACCGCAUAGUCAUGCCGUUCAACGUUGCAGAUGGAAGGUGCCAGAACUGCGAGGAGGGGAAGACGGCUUUCUGCACAGGAGUCAACCCUGGAUUCGCCGGCGCAGCAUACGGGUACGUCGCUAUGGGACCUUAUCAGGGCGGUCAAGCGCAGUAUGUCCGGGUACCAUUCGCAGAUUUCAAUGCGCUCAAGUUGCCGAAGGGUACAGAGCACGAGGCCGACUUCAUCUUGUUGGCAGACAUCUUUCCCACAGGCUGGCAUGGCUUGGUCCUCUCUGGGUUCAAGAGUGGCGAAAGCGUUGCGGUGUUCGGAGCUGGUCCUGUCGGUCUCAUGGCAGCAUAUAGCGGCGUCUUGCGUGGGGCCAGCAGGGUAUUUGUUGUCGAUACCGUGCCCGAGCGACUGAAGGCCGCAGAAAAGAUCGGCUGUAUACCCAUCGACUUCAGGAAAAGCGAUCCCGUUGAGCAGAUCACAAAAGCCAACGGAGGUAUGGUUGACAGGGCAGUUGAUGCUGUGGGCUACCAGGCUGUCGACUCCUCCGGAUCAAAAGAGAAGCCGAACAUCGUUCUUGAUCAGUUGAUCAUGGUAACUAGACCAACAGGAGGUCUGGGCAUUCCAGGGCUGUACGUGCCAGCGGACCCAGGUGCGCCAGACGAGCAGAGCAAGAAGGGACAGAUUCUGAUUUCGUUCGGAAAGCUUUUCGAGAAGGGACUUUCGCUAGGCACGGGACAGUGCAACGUCAAGGCUUACAACAGGUAUUUACGUGACAUGAUCAUCUCUGGCAAGGCAAAGCCAAGCUUCGUCGUUUCACAUGAGAUCGAGAUCGAUAACGCGCCGGAAGCGUACCAGAAGUUUGACCAACGGAUCGACGGGUACACGAAGGUGCUAAUACACCCCAAUGGGCCACUGAACUGA